AUGACAGCUCAGGCCAAUACCUUACAGCACACUUGCCCGCGAUGUCAGGCUGUAAUGGAUGAGACCGAAUCUUCUAUUCUCGAGAUGGUUGAUUGGCGUCGCCCGUUCAUUGAUUUUCUUACGCAUGGUACCCUUCCAGACGAUAAACAAGCUGCUGCAAAGCUAAAGAGGAAGUCCGCACGAUUCGAGAUUCGGGAAGGUGAACUCUUUCGUCGAACCCUUAAUGGUAAUGGCCAAGCAGAGGCUUCAAACAAGAAUCUCAUUCGAAUCUUAAGUCGAACGCUCGAAGAAAAGCCUAGCACAUGGGUAGAGCAAUUGCCUCUAGCACUAUGGGCUUAUCGCACUUCCGCCAAACGCUCCACCGGUCAAACUCUGUUCUCUCUCGUCUAUGCAAUGGAGGCUGUUUUGCCCAUUGAUAUUGCAGUCCCUGCGGCGUAG